AUGGCUUCCGACGCGAUUUACAGCAACACUCAAAUAAGAGGUGAAGACCCAAGAAACUACGAGCCUGGAAAGUUCUACGUGGUGCACUUAGGUGAUGUCCUCGGUGGUCGUUACCUUGUCUUUCGAAAGCUGGGCACAGGAUCUCAGUCUACCCUUUGGCUAGCAAGGGACAAAAGUGCACCACAUCGACGCUUUGUAGCGAUCAAAGUAUUUGGCGCAAAAACAAGCGAGACCGAGCUCAAACUCGACAAACUCUGGCGGCCUUUCGACCAUUCAGGAAAGCAACACGUAGAACUGGCACUCGACUCGUUCAUGGUCCAUGGGCCAGGUGGAGACCAUUUCUGCAAGGUGCUUGAGCCAUUAGGCAGCUCGCUGAGUUCCAUCCUUGAGACUGCGUUUGAAAGGCGCGCCAGGCUCAACGAGCCGGAAUCCUGGCUGGGCAAGGCUUCCGAAGGCGAUUGGUGGUCAGUUGGCUUCGCCAAGAGGGUCUGCUGGCAGAUCCUUCUGGGUCUUGAUUACUUGCACAGCCAACACAUAGCACAUCGAGAUAUUCAGCCAGCGAACGUGUGUGUGGCCUUGCGAUAUAGCCUCGACUCGCUAAGCGAGAACGAGAUCCAAAGAGCUGUCUGGCCGGCUGAUGUCGUACACUCAGCAUCAGAUGACAAAGUUAACGAGGCCAACAAGGACCGACCGGGGCAAAAUCCGGACGAAGACUCCGAUUCUGAUGAUACUUCAGAAGAAGAGGAAGAUUGGCAGAGAGAAUUUAAAGAACGCAAGCGAGCCAAUGAGGAGCAAUGGAAUGCAACCGAGGUGGGUGACGAGCUUGCUGAGCCACACUCUGCUGAGUGGAACAAAGCAAACUUCUUCAACACGCGGAAUGACAUCGAACUGUUACGCCGAAGAGAUAGGAAGCCGCUGGGACCGGGUGAGAUUCACUACACUGUGGCAGCAACGCCUCUUGAAGAUGCAAUCAAUCUCGAACAAAUUGCACACUCGGACGAGCCACUCAGGCUCGUCUUGGUUGAUCUAGGCUUUGCCUGUGCCUUUGAAGAAUGCGAGAAGCUGCCACUGCGCAACUUAUCGGACUUCAGACCGCCGGAGGCCCUGCUCGGUGUGCCGGCGACUCACAAAGCUGACGUCUUUUCUCUUGGCCUGCUAUUCUGGGAGAUCGUCAUGCUCCGCCGACUCGUCGAGACGCGAUUCGUUGCGGAUGACCCGGAGCGCAUCUACCAAAAGAAUCGGCUCCUGCGUGAUCUAGCCCAGCGCCUCGGCCCAGUUCCGGCCACUAUACGGGCGCAGUGGAGUGAUGCAAGUGAAUUCGUGGAUGCGGAGGGCAACGCGCUAGACAUGCAGGAACAGGAUGAACAGGUCUAUGAACCGGAUGACUUCGAGUACGGCGAUAUCUGGCACCAUGCCAGGAUCAGGAAACCUCUGGACAUGUCGGACAAUGAGAUGGAAGUCUUUGUAAGUCUGGUUCAGGUGAUGCUGCAAUGGGACCCUAAGGCCCGGCCAUCAACGACCGACUUGCUCCAGCACGAGUGGUUCAAGGACUUCCAUUGA